GUCUUGAAACAGAUCUGGCUAGCAAAUGGAGUAGGUGUUGAACGAUAUUGGUCUGGAUUUUUCGAAAAGCACAAACAGAAACGUAGCUACAUAUCGAAACGAGUUAGCGUAAUAUGUAGUUUUAAUUCAGGUAAUCUUAUAUGUUAAAGCUUUGUUUUUACAACGUGGUGUCCAGUCUGCGUACCCUUUAACAAGCUGGCUAGCUACGUUAGCUAGCUUGCCGUGCUGGAUGCUGAAGGACAUCUGCGUGACUGAUGCUGGUAGGCUCUCGUUUAUUUAAUUGUCAUCUUCCAGUUUCCUCAAAGUUGACAAUCCAGUCACAGUAGCUAUAGAUCCAUUCAUGUCUUUUCAUUUUAAGAACAUGGGGACUUGGAAUUUGGUUUGUCAGUGUUCCAGGAUGUUUGUCAACAGUAGACUGUUGAAUUUGGUAUCAGAGUCAGACAUGAGAGUGGGUUCUCACUUUGCGUCCUACCAUUGCACUAGUGCUCUCCUCUGGCCUAAGGACAGCAGAGCCAAUCCAGCAGAGAGGUGGAAACACAGUGUUAUAACCAGCUCUGGUCUGCGACAUAGGCCUGGUGUGUCUGAAGUAGGACAGUACAAAGCCAAUGGUCAGUCUGAAGACAUACAGGAUGACCCAGAGACUCCAGCCUCCAGAAAGGUCUGGAGGAAAGAGACCGCAGUAUCCCGGAAGAGGAAGCCCAAUGCAGACAGCAGAGUAUCAUCUGAGUUCCAGAGAGAUCCCCCAAUCCACUGGGAGAGGAAGCCCAAUGCAGACAGCAGAGUAUUAUCUGAGUUCCGGAGAGAUCCCCCAAUCCACCGGGAGAGGAAGCCCAAUGCAGACAGCAGAGUAUCAUCUGAGUUCCGGAGAGAUCCCCCAAUCCACCGGGAGAGGAAGCCCAAUGCAGACAGCAGAGUAUCAUCUGAGUUCCAGAGAGAUCCCCCAAUCCACCGGGAGAGGAAACCAAAUACAGACAGCAGGGUGUCAUCUGAGCUCCGGAAGCUCAGCCUGGAUGACUUUCCAGAGGAGUGUGAGAGGCUAGUAAAGGACUCCAGAGAAAGACUGUCCAAAGAAGAACACAUGAAUUAUGAGACAUUGUUUGGCGUGUCUCCCUGUCUCCUGGCUCUCACCCAGGGCAGAAGGAAUGCACACCGGUUGUUUGUGAAGGAGGGUGAGGCCUCUCGUAGGGCCUCCGUACGACAGGUGUGUGAGGAGGCCCAUAGACGGGGUGUGCCGAUCCAGAGGGUUAGUAAGCAGGACCUGAACAAGAUGUGCUCAGGAGGGGUUCACCAGGGCUUAUGCCUGCAGGCCAGUUGUCUGGGUUACCUCACAGAGGACAAGACCUCCAAGCCCCCCAGCGACAGCAGUCACGUCCCCCUCUGGCUAGUCCUAGAUGGAGUGCAGGAUCCAAUGAACCUUGGAGCCAUCCUGCGUUCUGCAUAUUUUCUUGGGGUGGACAGAGUUGCUAGCAGUCUUCGUAACAGCUGUCCUUUGACACCAGUCGUGAGUAAGGCCAGCUCCGGUGUAAUGGAGGUCGUGAGAGUGUAUGGCUAUGACAAGCUCUCAGAUAUGCUGAAGGUGAAGGUGGCACAAGGCUGGCAGGUUAUUGGCACAGUGGGAGCUGAAGCAGAGAACUCCCAUGUUCCUGUCAUGAAAUGUUCCAAAUUCCAGAUGACCAAACCUACGCUUCUGCUGAUGGGUGGUGAAGGGGAAGGCUUGUCCCGGGAGCUGCGUCUGCAGUGUGAGGCCCUGCUCACCAUCCCACCCCGCAGAGAUCUGCACCCUGGGGUCGAGUCCCUCAAUGUCUCUGUGGCUACAGGCAUCCUGCUGCACACUCUGUUGUCAUCCCGUAGAGGUGGCCAUUGAUGACCGACUUGACUACACAACUCGAUGUGUUUACUUUGGAGGCCCUCGCAGGGCUUAAUGACUGGACUUACUUCAUCAAUUAGCAAUCAGGGUCUCUGAGAAGCCUGGAUGGCUGAUUUGAUUGUGAUGGGGCAGCUGAUGUGCCCUGGCUGUGCUGCUCUGCACUGCUCUGGACCUUCAUGCUAGCUAAUUGUCUGAAUGUAAACAUAGUAUUAAGUAAUGAAAUUAAAUAAAACCUUGUCUACUCAGUCAUUGGAUUCUUUGCAACUUUCUAAUGUUAGCUGCUUGGGUUUUUAAGACUUUU